GACGCGCUUAUAUUUCGGAUCUUUUUGUGUUUCGGUGUAAAUCGGUGAGAUAUUCUGAGUUUAUGAUUUCAUCCAUCCGUGUUUAUGACGGAGCCGCCUUUAUCAUUUAUUCAUUUGUGGAGACCGCAGAGAUUUGCAGCGGGACUGACAUCAUGCGCUCGGUGACCGGCUGAUGCUGAUGCUGACAUCGUCCAUCAUCCAUCUGCUUUAACGGGAAUACUACGCUCAUUCGUGAUCCAUUCAUCUCGUAUAGACGGAUUCAACAUGUCCAUGAAGGCCAAAAUCGGCGAGGCGGUGAAGGUGGUGGUUCGGUGUCGCCCGCUCAACCGUAAAGAGGAAUCGAUGGGGUAUGAGAAUAGCGUGCAGAUGGAUGUGAAACUGGGCCAGGUGGCCCUGCGGAACCCCAAGGCGGGUCCGGGAGAGCUGCUCAAGACCUUCACGUUCGACGCGGUUUACGACGCUUGUUCCAAACAGAGCGACCUGUACGACGAGACGGUGCGACCGCUCAUCGACUCGGUUCUGCGCGGCUUCAACGGCACCAUCUUCGCGUACGGACAGACGGGAACCGGGAAGACGUACACCAUGCAAGGCCAGUGGCUGGACGCCGAGCGCCGCGGCAUCAUCCCGAACUCGUUCGAGCACAUCUUCACGCACAUCUCGCGCUCUCAGAACCAGCAGUACCUGGUCCGGGCCUCUUAUUUGGAGAUCUACCAGGAGGAGAUCCGUGACCUGCUCACCAAAGACCACAGCAAGAAACUGGAGCUGAAGGAGAGCGCAGACUCAGGGGUCUACAUCAAAGAUCUGUCCUCCUUCGUCACCAAGAACGUGAAGGAGAUCGAGCACGUGAUGAACGUGGGGAACCAGACUAGAUCGGUGGGCUUCACCAACAUGAACGAGCAUAGCUCGAGGUCACACGCCAUCUUCAUCAUCACGGUGGAGUGCAGCCAGCUUGGACCAGACGGACAGAACCACAUCCGCGUUGGCAAACUCAACCUGGUUGACCUGGCGGGCAGCGAGAGACAGACCAAGACUGGCGUCCAAGGAGAACGUCUGAAGGAGGCCACCAAGAUCAACCUGUCCCUCUCCGCUCUAGGAAAUGUAAUCUCUGCGUUGGUGGAUGGACGAAGUUCUCACGUUCCAUACCGUGACUCAAAACUCACACGGUUGCUGCAGGACUCAUUGGGCGGGAACGCCAAGACCAUCAUGGUGGCUACUUUGGGACCGGCCUCCUACAAUUACGAGGAGACCCUGACCACCCUGCGCUACGCCAACCGCGCCAAGAACAUCAAGAACAAGCCUCGUGUCAAUGAAGACCCCAAAGAUGCCCUCCUGAGGGAGUUCCAGGAGGAGAUCGCCCGGCUGAAAUCACAGCUGGAUAAACGCGGCAUGCUCACCAAGAGGAAGAAUAGGAGCAGGAGACUGAAGAAGACCGGAGAAGGAGGAGAGGAAGAGGUAGAGGAGGAGGAUGUUGAAGAUGAUGAUGAAGAAAGCGUGGAGAAGGAGGCGCAGGAGUACAUGAAGGAGCAGCAGGAGAAGCUGGAGAGAGAGAAGGAGGCCAUCAGAGAUGAUCAUUCUCUGGUGGCCGAGGAGAAACAGAGACUCCUGGAGGAGAAAGAGAGGAUGAUGAGGCAUCUGAAGAAGGAGCAGGAGGCCACAGAUCUUCUCACAGCCAAGUUUAAGGCAAUGGAGAGCAAGCUGCUGGUUGGUGGGAAGAACAUUAUUGAUCAUACUAAUGAGCAACAGAAGAUGCUUGAACAGAAAAGACAUGAGAUUGCAGAACAGACACGCAGAGAGAGAGAAAUACAGCAGCAAAUGUUUUCUCAGGAUGAGGAAACACUAGAACUCAGAGAAACAUUCUCCUCACUGCAACAGGAAGUGGAAGCAAAGACCAAGAAACUCAAAAAGUACAAGAAGCUGUAUGCGAAGCUUCAGUCUCUGAAGGCAGACAUUCAGGAUGUAAAUGAUGAGCAUGUGAGGAGCCGGCAGGAGCUGGAGCAAACACAGAAUGAACUGACCAGAGAACUCAAAUUCAAAUAUCUGAUUAUAGAGAACUUUAUACCUCCUGAAGAGAAGAAUAAAAUCAUGAACAGACUUCAGUUUGAUGCUGAGGAAGACCAGUGGAAGUUUCAGCCUCUCGUUCCUGCUGAGAAUAAAUUCACACAAAUGAAGAGAAGACCCACCUCUGCUGUGGGAUACAAGCGACCAAUCAGCCAGUUCGCCAGGAUUGCCAUAGCGAUGGGACCUCAUUCCAGAUACAGGGCAGAGAAUAUAAUGGUUAUGGAACUGGACACGACUCCUCCUGUCAUGUUUCAACUGGACCUCCCAAAGUUUGGAUCAGAGGUGGAAUCAUCUCGAGAUAAUCUGUUGGACAACACCAGUUACAGAGAGAAAUCAGCGUCUGGACUGGUCAGAAAAUCUCAGUCAUGGUGUCAGUCUCAGCAAGUCAUUUCCUCCUCAAGCUCCGCCCUCUCUCUGGCAUCCUCAGGGUACCACAGCAUGCCACACCCACAGAACUUCACCAUGGCAACAGCCCAGGAAUGAGACUUGGAACUUCUAUAUUCCCGCCCCCGUAAGGGAUACACAGUAGUCAAUCAAUCCUAAAUAGACCAAUGAAGACAGGGGAAGAUGAACCGUCCAUCAUUACUAACCAAGACUGAUGAAACCAGAUGAAAACCUGCCCGUGAUCUGACAAAUACUGAACGCAGGACUAGUCCCAGCAACUUAUCAGGAGGACCAAUUAAACAAUCAGUAUUAUGAAAAUGAUUCGCCCUUGCUCUCUCUCUAGCUCUCUGCUCCUCAGGACAGUGAAGACACUUUGAAAACUGCCAUCAACAACACUGAAUAACUUGAGGCUAGUUAUUUUCAUUCAUUUUGCUGCUUCCAAAAACCAUCGGUCAACCUUAGUGUUUACGUACUGACCUGCACGGGUCCGAUCCAGGAGUAGAGCCACAAACCUCAAAUGAUGGAAGCCAAAAGAGCGGGACUUUCUGAUCGCUCAGCCUGAGCUUUCAAGACAAGAGCUGAGCAAGAGGGACGUCUCUCUUUCUAUCUGCAUGUCUUACUGUACGUGUGUGUCUUUGUGAUUCUGAUCAGGGUUCUGGAUGGGAGGCGGCUGAUCGGCUGGAGGAAGGAUCUACAGGGUUCCCACUGGCUCAUGGAAAACCUGGAAUUGUCUGGGAAUUUGAUUGGUUUUCCAGGCCGGGAAAAGUCAUGGAAAUUAAUAGAAUGUUAGUUAUGGAGAUUUCAUGUUGCCAUUUUUUUAAUAUAAAUAUAAACACAAUAUAAUAUAAAUAAAUAUAAACAUGAAUGAA